CGUUGGAAUCCACGGCAGGAAGCAGGAAGUACAGCUAGAUACGUUUGAUAAGGACGUGAACGAGCAGUAGAGAAGUGCGUGAGUGCGUGCGUGAGCUGGAAUCAGAGAGAGAAGAAGAAAAAUUCAAAGGCAGUGGGUGUGGGUGUAAUAUGCUAUGACAGCCAUUCGUUCGACGUUUAGUCUGAUAGCUGCUGCCGGUGGUCGAGGAUCUAUACUACGAGGGACACGGCUGUCGAGAGUUUCUGGUAGUGUAUAUGAUCUUGCUGGAGGGUGUUAUGGUGGUAGUAGUCUGCGAAUUGGCAGGCUGAUCUACACCAGUCCAGAUCAGAUCAGGAACGACGGUCGAGUAAGACUGAACAGACCACUAUUGCAGUCAAGCUGGAUCUCAUCUACCACAGCACCCACCACCAUCCCAAACAGACAAAUCCACGCUAAUGCACCACUACAGACUCAACAGAUCACCAACUCGCGCGAAUUGGGCUCGUCAACAGUCAGUACACAGGCAGAUCAGGGCGCCAAACGAGAGCUACAGUCCUCGGUCUCAGAGACAGAAGCAGAAGAACUGGUUCCGCAUCUCAAGAGCGUGAGGUUUCGCGACGUCAGACGGCUUUUUGCGUUGGCCAGGCUUGAAGUGUGGCGGCUGGCAGCUGCGUUUCUGUGCUUAUCAAUUGCAUCUGGCGUCGCGCUAUGUAUCCCAUAUUCGAUCGGAAAGAUACUAGACAUGAUUCGUCAUGUUGAGAUCAGCGAUCUUGCAGGUAGUUCUCAGACAAAGAAGGAGCAACCGCGGAUACUGGGCUUUACGCUGUUACAGUUCAACCUCGGACUUGGGUCCCUACUUGUUAUUGGAGCAGCGGCAAACUAUGGUCGCGUCUAUCUUCUUCGAAUCAUCGGCGAGAGCGUCGUCGCGCGCGUACGCUCUCGUCUCUACAAGCACACGAUAAUGCAAGACGCGGGUUUCUUCGACGCAAACCGCGUAGGCGACCUCCUCUCGCGCUUCUCCAGCGACGCCAACAUCGUCGCCAAAUCACUCACGCAAAACAUCGCCGACGCGUUCCGCGCGCUCGUCAUCGGUUCGGCGGGACUCGGCAUGAUGGCCUGGGUGAGUCUGGAGUUGACGGGGAUAAUCAUGAUGGUCGUGCCGCCGGUUGCGGUCGGGGCUUUUUACUACGGACGGCGGAUCAGGGAUAUUACGACAGAGCAGCAGAGGACGCUGGGGACGUCGACGAGAGUGGCGGAGGAGACGCUGAAUAAUAUAAAGACCGUGCAGGCGCUUUCAGGCAGCCUGGUCGAGACGCGCAAGUAUAACCACGAGAUCAGAAAUAUAUACUCGAUCGGAAAGCAGGAAGCACAGCUGUCGGCCGCUUUCUUCAGUGCGACAAAUUUGGCAGGAAAUCUUACAGUUUUGACGGUGCUGUCGGUGGGAAUGCACCUGGUGAUGAACGGAACGGUGACGAUUGGCGGUCUGUCGUCGUUCAUGAUGUACUCUGCAUACACCGGCAACGCAAUGAUCGGUCUCUCGUCCUUCUACAGCAAGAUGAUGAAGGGUCUCGGUGCCGCGAACCGAGUAUUCGAGCUCGAGGACAGCAGACGAGCUAUUCGCCCUACGGUCGGCAUCCCCGUGGGCGAGAACGCGCGCGGCAGGAUCGAGUUUGACGACGUGCGAUUCUCGUAUCCGACGCGACCGGACGUGACGGUGUUUAACGGCCUCUCGUUCUCGAUCGAGCCGGGGUCGAAUGUAUGCAUCGUCGGCCCGUCCGGUGGAGGCAAGACGACAGUCAGCCAGCUCUUGCUACGGUUCUACGAUCCCACGAGCGGGGCAAUCACGCUGAACGGGAAAGAUAUCCGCGGGUUCAACCUGCAGUCGCUGAGACGGUCGAUUGGGAUCGUGGGACAAGAGCCGGUUUUGUUUUCAGGCUCGAUCGCAGAUAACAUCAGCUACGGUCUCUGCGGCGUGGUAUCGCGCGAGGAAAUCGAGCAGGCUGCCCGGCGGGCGAAUUGUCAGUUCAUCGAUAGUUUCCCCCAAGGGCUCGACACGCAGGUUGGCUCGCGCGGAGCGCAGCUGAGCGGCGGACAGAAGCAGCGGAUAGCGAUUGCGCGCGCGCUGGUGCGGAAGCCGCCGAUUCUUGUUCUCGACGAGGCGACGUCGGCGCUGGACGCGGAGUCGGAGAGCGCGGUGGCGGACGCACUGAUGCAGGUGAUGGAGGACAGGGAGUGCACGACGAUAUCGAUUUCGCACCGGCUGUCUGCGUUGAAGCGCAGCGAUGUCGUGAUUGUGCUGGACGCGCACGGGAGGAUUGUCGAGCAGGGCAGGUUCCAGGACUUGGUCGCAGACGACAACAGUUAUUUUAUGAGGGUGCUUGUGUGAUGUAGGUGUUUGUAAAUAAGGUAAAUAUACAGCU